UGCAUUUUCCAUCUUUUCUGGAUUGUAAUUUACAAAAUAUGGAUGGGCUAGAGAGAGUGUGGGAUUCCGGUCGGCGAGCGAGUCAUAACAUGAGUGGAAGCAUAAGCAGAAGAAAUUGGGGAGUGGAAGAUGUGUUUGCAAGGUCUUCGAGGUCGAUGCAGAGUGGACAUGUCGACGAUGAUGAAGAAGCUCUCAGGUGGGCUGCUCUGGAGAAGCUACCCACUUAUGAUCGCCUCAGAACAACUAUCAUGAAAUCUUUUGUGGAGAAUGAACAUCAAGACCAACAAGGAAGCAAGUUGGUUCACAAAGAGAUUGAUGUAAGGAAGCUUGACAUGAAUGAUCGCCAAGAUUUCAUUGAAAGGAUCUUUAAGGUUGCAGAGGAAGACAAUGAGAAAUUCUUGCGUAAACUUAGAAACCGAAUUGACAGAGUUGGAAUUCAGCUUCCAACAGUAGAAGUUAGAUUUGAGAACUUAACAGUUGAAGCAGAUUGCUACAUUGGCAACAGAGCUCUUCCUACACUCCCAAAUGCUGCAAGGAACCUUGUAGAAUCAGCUCUAAGCUUACUAAGAAUCAAACUAGCUAAAACAACAAAACUCACAAUCCUAAAGGAUGUUUCAGGCAUUAUAAAACCUUCUAGAAUGGCACUUCUUUUAGGCCCUCCUUCCUCUGGGAAGACAACUCUGUUGCUGGCACUUGCAGGAAAGCUGGAUCCAAAUUUGAAGGUUAAAGGGCAAGUUACAUAUAAUGGGCAUAGACUGGAUGAAUUUGUGCCUCAGAAGACCUCUGCUUAUAUUAGCCAGAAUGAUGUUCACAUAGGAGAAUUUACAGUAAAAGAAACACUUGAUUUCUCUGCAAGGUGCCAAGGGGUUGGGUCAAGAUAUGAGCUCUUGGCUGAGCUUGCUAGAAGAGAGAAGGAUGCCGGAAUUUUCCCGGAGGCUGAAGUAGACCUUUUCAUGAAGGCAACUGCAAUGGAAGGGGUUGAAUUCAGCUUGAUCACAGAUUACACUCUCAGGAUAUUGGGGCUUGAUAUAUGUAGAGACACAAUUGUUGGGGAUCAGAUGCAGAGAGGAAUAUCUGGUGGACAGAAGAAACGAGUGACUACUGGAGAGAUGAUCGUUGGGCCCACGAAGACCCUAUUCAUGGAUGAGAUAUCAACGGGCCUAGACAGCUCCACGACAUAUCAGAUAGUGAAAUGCUUGCAGCAGAUUGUCCACCUCACCGAAGCUACCAUCUUCAUGUCCCUCCUCCAACCUGCUCCGGAAACGUUCGAUCUUUUUGAUGAUAUCGUCCUCCUAUCUGAGGGCCAGAUCGUAUACCAGGGCCCACGAGAGCACAUCCUUGAGUUCUUCGAAACCUGUGGCUUUCGUUGUCCGGAGAGAAAGGGAACCGCUGAUUUCCUUCAAGAGGUAACCUCGAAGAAGGAUCAAGAACAAUACUGGGCCGAUAAGAGCAAACCGUACUGUUACAUAUCGGUGAGCGACUUUGUGAAUCGGUUCAGGAGGUUCCAUGCUGGGUUGCGCCUGGAGAACGAGCUUUCAGUACCAUUCGACAAGAGCAGAAGCCACAAGGCAGCACUGGUGUUAAGCAGGUACUCCGUUCCCAUGAUGGAUCUCUUGAGGGCUUCCUUCGACAAGGAAUGGCUUCUCCUCAAGAGAAACUCCUUCGUCUACAUCUUCAAGACUGUUCAGAUCAUCAUCGUCGCUUUCAUUGCUUCGACGGUGUUCUUGAAGACCCAAAUGCACACUUCCACCGAAGACGAUGGCGCUGUUUACGUUGGUGCCCUAAUCUUUGCUGUGGUAAUCAACAUGUUCAAUGGGUUUGCAGAGAUCACCAUCACCAUCGCAAGGCUUCCUGUAUUGUACAAGCACAGAGACCUCCUCUUUUACCCUGCUUGGGUUUUCACCCUUCCAAAUUUCCUCCUUAGGAUCCCAAUCUCCAUCCUUGAAACCGUUGUUUGGAUGAUCAUGACUUACUAUACUAUGGGUUUCGCCCCAGAUGCUAGCAGGUUUUUCAAGCAACUACUGCUGAUAUUUUUGGUCCAACAAAUGGCAGCGGGUAGCUUCAGGCUCAUAGCUGGAGUGUGCAGGACUAACACCAUUGCAAGCACUGGUGGAUCGCUCAUGCUCCUCGUCGUGUUCUUGCUAGGCGGUUUUAUCAUCCCUCGAGAUCAAAUUCCCAAAUGGUGGAUCUGGGGUUACUGGAUUUCACCUCUCUCUUACAGUUAUAAUGCUGUUGUUGUCAAUGAGAUGUUUGAUCCAAGAUGGAUGAACAAAUUGGCAUCUGAUAAAGUUACAAGGUUGGGUAUUGCUGUGAUGGAGAACAAUGCUGUCUUUCCAAAGAGAAGCUGGUUUUGGAUUGGGAGUGCUGCCCUUUUGGGGUUCACAUUCCUCUUCAAUGUCCUCUUCACCCUUGCACUAAUGUACUUAAACCCUCUUGGAAAACCACAAGCAACUAUAUCCGAAGAAUUGGCCUACGAGAUGGAGGCCAGCCAAGAAGAAUCAAAGGAAGAACCAAGAAUCAUAACAUCAAGGUCGAAGAGAGAAACACCCCCUCAACCUUUAGCAGCGACAGACGGAAACAAUACAAGAGAAAUGUCAAUCCGACGAAUGAGUAGUCAAAGCAAUGCUAAUGGACUUAGCAGAAAUGGUGAUUCAACCCUUGAAGCAGCAAAUGGGGUUGCUCCCAAGAGGGGGAUGGUUCUGCCUUUCACACCUCAAGCCAUGUCAUUUGACAGUGUGAACUACUAUGUCGACAUGCCCCCGGAAAUGAAAGACCAAGGAGUGACAGAAGAGAGACUCCAGUUACUUAGGGGAGUGACAGGGGCAUUUAGGCCCGGCGUCCUCACUGCACUGAUGGGAGUUAGUGGGGCAGGAAAGACAACAUUGAUGGAUGUUCUUGCAGGCAGAAAGACAGGGGGAUACAUUGAAGGUGAUAUCAGAAUCUCAGGUUUCCCUAAGAAGCAAGAAACCUUUGCGAGAAUAUCGGGUUACUGUGAACAGAAUGAUAUUCAUUCGCCCCAAGUCACUGUUAGGGAAUCCUUGAUCUUCUCUGCUUUCCUCCGUCUUCCAAAAGAGAUCAGAAAAGAGGAAAAGAUGAAAUUUGUGGAUGAAGUGAUGGAAUUAGUAGAGCUUGACAAUCUCAUGGAUGGUAUAGUGGGGCUUCCAGGGAUUACGGGUCUGUCAACUGAACAACGGAAGAGGUUGACAAUUGCUGUGGAGCUUGUUGCUAAUCCUUCAAUCAUCUUCAUGGAUGAACCAACAUCAGGACUUGAUGCAAGGGCAGCCGCCAUUGUCAUGAGAACUGUGAGGAACACUGUUGACACGGGUAGAACAGUUGUCUGCACUAUUCAUCAACCUAGCAUUGAUAUCUUUGAAGCUUUUGAUGAGUUGCUACUGAUGAAAAGAGGAGGACAACUAAUCUAUGGAGGUCCUUUGGGUCGAAAUUCUCAAAAGAUAAUCGAGUACUUUGAGGCCAUUCCUGGGGUUCCAAUGAUCAAAGAAAAUUACAAUCCUGCAGCAUGGAUGCUGGAAGCUAGCUCCAUUGCUACUGAAGUUCGGCUUGGAAUUGAUUUUGCUGAGUACUACAAAUCAUCACCCUUGUAUCAGCGAAACCAGGCAUUAGUUAAGGAGCUGAGCAUCCCAGCCCCUGGAGCGAAAGAUCUUUAUUUUCCUACUAAAUUUUCUCAGUCAUCAUGGGAGCAGUUCAAAUCUUGCCUAUGGAAGCAGUGGUGGACGUAUUGGAGAAGCCCAGAUUACAAUCUUGUCAGAUUUGUCUUCACCUUGGCUUGUGCCCUCAUGAUUGGGACAAUCUUCUGGAAUGUUGGCUCUAAAAGGGAGAGUUCAACUGAUCUAACCAUCAUUAUUGGAGCUAUGUAUGCGGCUGUCCAGUUUGCUGGAAUCAACAACUGCACAACUGUACAACCGGUUGUCGCCAUUGAAAGAACAGUGUUCUAUCGAGAAAGAGCUGCUGGGAUGUACUCUGCCUUACCAUAUGCUAUUGCACAGGUGGUCACUGAAAUCCCAUAUGUAUUUGUACAAACCACAUAUUACACAGCUAUUGUGUAUGCCAUGGUCAGCUUCGAAUGGACAGCAGCAAAGUACUUUUGGUUCUUUUUCAUCAGCUUCUUCUCCUUUCUCUACUUUACUUACUAUGGAAUGAUGACCGUGGCCAUCACACCAAACCACCAAGUUGCUGCAAUUUUUGCCGCUUCUUUCUUUGGGCUCUUUAAUCUCUUUUCAGGCUUCUUCAUCCCCAAACCAAAAAUUCCAAAGUGGUGGAUCUGGUAUUACUGGAUUUGCCCAGUGGCAUGGACAGUUUAUGGGCUUAUAGUUUCACAAUAUGGAGACCAGGAGCAAUUCAUUAGUGUGUCUGGAGGGAAGGACCAGAGCAUUAAGAGCUAUGUGGAAGAACACUUUGGGUAUGAUACCAAUUUCAUGGGUCCAAUUGCAGGAGUUCUUGUUGGAUUCGCAGUCUUCUUUGCAUUUAUGUUUGCAUAUGCCAUUAAAGCGUUGAACUUCCAACAUAGGUAGAAACAUACAGGACAAUAUGCCAUACGUAGAGCAUUAAAAAAAUGCUUCCUAACCCUUUAGAUGUUCUUCAUCCAAGUAAUUCUUGUAAAUACAUGUGAAGCCCAUAC